AUGCCACAGGUCGCUCGCGCUCUAAGCGCUCUCGACCAGUUACGCCCGUCAACCAAGACACUUACGAUAGCUAUCAUAGCAGUCUCGGCCAUUUUCCUACUUCAAGUCAUUCGGUUCCUGGUGAGCCAACUAAGAUCGCCAUUGCGAAGAAUCCCCGGCCCAUUUCUUGCCCGGUUCGGCCCGGCGUGGUAUGCUUGGAAAGUGGGACAGGGUUCUUUUCCGGAUGUCAACGUCAAGUUGCACGAAAAAUACGGCAAGAUUGUUCGUUAUAGCCCCGAUCACUACAGCAUUAACGAUCCUCAGGCCGCCAAAAUCAUCUAUGGCUUCGGCGGCAAGCAAUUUGCAAAAUCCAUUUGGUACAACGGGUGGUCUGUGCCUGGUGCAAGAUGGAGCCUUUUCGGGGACAGGGCGGUAAAACGCCAUGCCGAAAAUCGUAAACAGUACCAGGCUGCCUAUUCCAUGUCGUCCCUGACCCGGUACGAGCCCAUGGUGGAUGACUGUGUUGGUAUUUUUGCUCAGCGCCUGCGGGAACUGGCGUCAACCACCAUCACCAUCGACAUGAGGCACUGGCUUCAAUGCUAUGCCUUUGACGUCAUUUCCCAGAUUACCUUUUCGAAGCGAAUUGGGUUCCUCGACAGGGGUGAGGAUGUUGGCGAGGUGAUUAAAAAUCUGGAGGCAUAUAUCGCCUUUGCUACCUUUGGGGGAAUUUUCGACGGGUUGAGACGGGCAUUCCAUACCCUCGUAGGAGCUUUUCCCUCUCUCAUGAAGAACCCGACAGCCUACAUGUCGAACUUUACCGCCAAAAAGAUCCAACAUGCUCGGGCUGACCCCAAAGCGGUCCCGCAAUCCAAAGACACCAAAACGAACAUGGAUUUUGUUCAAACCUUUUUGGCCAAACACGAAGCAAACCCGGAAGUUUUCACGCCCUACCACAUCCAGAGUGGAUGUAUGGCAAACAUGGUUGCCGGGUCCGACACCACGGCCAUCAGUCUCUCGGCUGUCAUGUAUUACCUCCUCAAGAACCCGGCGACCAUGCGAACAUUACGAAACGAGAUCGACCAAUUUGACAAGCAGGGCAGACUUUCGCACGUCCCCACAUUUGCCGAAAGCCAGCAGAUGCCGUACCUACAGGCCGUUUUCAAGGAGGCCUUGCGGCUACAUCCAGCAACCGGAUUGCCGAUGGAGAGGGUAGUACCCGAGGGUGGUGCCGAGAUUUCUGGCCGGUUCUUUCCUGAAGGUACCGUUGUGGGAAUCAACACAUGGGUUGCGCAUCGUGACAAGACCAUCUUUGGCGAUGAUGCCGAUGCUUUCAGGCCCGAGAGAUGGAUAGAGGGAGACCCAGCAAGAAUUGCCGAGAUGAACCGCUACUGGAUGCCGACCGGUCACUGA